CCACAGGUCCGGCAAUUAUCUUUGUAUUGAGAUUCAUUGCCUCAGAGCUAAGAAAAGUUCAGAUAAUUGACGAACAGAGAAACUGCCAACUGCAGUGCGAACCGGUUGUUCAUCUCUUUCAAAUACUUCCUUUGCUACUCCUUCGGUACAAGGAGGAGUAUCUGUGCCUGACAACUGUGGUGUGUAGCUAGUGAAGGCUGGUCACUAAUUGUGCAGCGUCAUCCCUCUCUCCAAAGCUGCUUCACUCCGCCUCUCUAUAUAAGCCGGGCCAGCCCAACGAUUGUCAUACACUUUUAUCUCUUCCCAGCCUUGGACUGUGUCGCGGCUGCAUUUUAACAACAGGAUAAGUUGUUUUCAUUAGUGUUCUUUUCUUUCGGAAGGUAUGUUCUAGUUGACACUUCUCAUCGGUUUGAGUUGGAGCCAUGCAAGUCUUCGCGUGCUUUGUUGUUAUAGCUGCCCUGUGGAAAGCUGGAGCUUAUCAUAAUGGGCCACCAAGCAGCACCUGUCUUACCCUCUACCCAAAACAUUCGAGUGACAUUCAAACAGGAACGCCGCCCUUCGAGCUUCGCCUUUCAGCAACCACUUAUGCACCUGGACAGCAAAUCACAGUUGAGAUCAUCGCAACAAGUCCAAACCGUACAUUCAAAGGAUUCCAAGUUACGGCCCGCCGAGUGAACAACUCGACCAACCCCGAAGAACUGCUCGGUAUCUUCAAUACUACUGAUGGCGACUCUAAAGUCAUCACUUGUCUCGGACAACCUCAGAAAAUGCUCGGUCAUGCCACAAAUGCGACGCGUGCCGUUGUUAAUGCCACAUGGACCGCCCCCACCCAGAAUGCAGGUGACAUCGUCUUUCAUGCGACAGUAGUGGAGAACAAGACUGUUAUUUGGUACGACAUCACGGCUACACUGAGAACAUCGAAUAACAACAAUAUCCAACCACCUGUCCACACAGUUCCACCAGUAACGACGCUGCCAGGCUUGCCAGACUGGGACGAGUGUGGGACAAGCAAGGGCUGCUUUCUGUAUCCGGGAUCAAGUAAGACCACCUGUUCUGGCGAUGACUGUGUAGCGGCUUUGUCCUACAGGUCAAGCGGUGACCUCUUUACCUUCGAGUUGACAGCAGAGGGUCAAGAUUUCUACGUGGCAGUUGGCUUUUCCGAGGACAGGAGCAUGGGUGAUGACCAGGUCGUAAUAUGCACCGCUCUUCCCGGACACCAGACAGUACAAAUGAGUUAUAACCCCACCACUAGAAAGACCACCAACAAACAGUACACGAUUGGUCUGUCCAACCUGUCCACAAAGCAACAGAAUGGCAGGGUGUACUGCACGUUCAACAGCACAGCAAAGCUGGUCUCCAUCAAGGAAGAUGGCAGUUCAAGGACUUUCGACCUCGGGAAAGAGAAAUAUUACCUCUUCCUGGCAUGGGGACCUCUUUAUCGAGGAACUGAUGUGAUCAGCAAGCACACGCAAACCGCUAUUUCGCCAGACAUGAUGGACCUGCUCACCAUCAGUGGAGCUGUUCCCAUGCUUACCGGCACUUCGGCUUUGAUCACAUCUGCUUUAUGUCUUGCCGCUUGGUGUCUUUUAAAGCCUUAAACAGUCAGUGUAUUGUAGUCUUAUAUAGAUGAGCAUUUCUUCUCUUCACUCUCUCUGUUCGCGCGUAUGUGUGCGUAAAUAUGAGUGAGUAUCCAGUCUCAAUAUUCAGUUUUUACUUGUAAAAAGUCUUCUAGUGUCAGACAAUUUAUCACAUACUCUUGUCUACAACUUUUUCUUACCUUUGACUAUUUGUGUGAAUAUGAUUUUGUCUGCUUCAUCCAAAUAUUUGUAAUUUUGUGGUCACUGUUCUUGAUUGUUGUAUCGUGGACAAUAAUUAUGACAUCAUGAUAACAGAUCUUUAAUUUUUCUUCAUAAAAGAUUGCAAUGCUUCAAUUUUCGACAAAAUGUCAGAAAUAAAGUUGUUUACCUUAGCUUC